AUGGUGAUAUCUGUCACUUCGCCAGAGCAGUUAACACGUGCGAAACCAAGUAGCGCUCUCAAAGGCAAGUUCAAAGCUUUGAGGGAGCUUAGUCAUCGGAUUUGGCCUGAAGUUGUGGAGGCGCUUGAGAGAAAGAAGAAAGAAAGGAAGGAGAAGAAAGAAAGGAAAAGCAAGCAUGUUAUCUCCGCGACUCCGUUAUCCGUUAAACCGCCUCGUUCAAAAAAGAAGCCGAGGGGACUUAAGAAGAGAACGCCCGUGUCCGUUGACGAUGUCAUCGUUGCUUCGAAGCCGGCAUUGAAGAACAGAAGGAGCGAGUCUCCAAAGCUGAGAGAUUCUCCUUCUCCUCCUCUUCAAAGUUCUUCUAUCGCGUCUCAGACGAAGAUUUCGUCUAGAGCUAGACAUGCGAAAGAGGGCUCGUCUUCUACGGCGGAGAGGACUCCAGAGAAUGUGAUCGACAUCGAUUCUCCUCCUGCUGCGGAUCAGGAAGGGGACGUGUCUCGUCAGGACGAGGAUGCAUCUCGUCAAGAUGAUGAUCUGGGGAGCCCGCCUCGUGGUGGUGCUUCGCCUACUCAGACGAGGGAGGAGUUUCUUACUCCUCACGAUGAUGCUCCCUCCUUUGACCGUGACGGUCCCGAAGAGGGUGGAUCUUCUCGGCGUCCCAGGGAGGGUUUCUUUGAUGAUGACGAGGGGAUGUCUCGUCACUCAGAGAUGGGUGGUUCUGUUACCGAGCUAAACCUAAUGCUAAGGAAGAUCCUGAGGAACCAAAGGUCGAGCCUUGGAGCUGUAAUCCUCAUGCGGUGGAGACGUGGUAACGUUCCUCUAAUGGAGAACCAGGAUGCUUGUGGGGGCUCGAUUUGGGUGUCCAAGGUCCAUCCGGGCUGGGGGAUUCCUCGCGAAGGGCUGGCUUUCAGAGGUGACUUCGACGAGGCAUCUCAACAUCACGUCAAGUCCGGUGGGAAAUUCGCCGCGCUGAUCCAGAAGUACGAGACGGCUAUCCGGGUGGCUAAGGAUGAGGUCUCGAGGAUGCAGCGGGAGCAGGAGAAGGCCAAGGAUGUUGACGCGAUGGUGGCCGAUCUGAAGCUUAAGAAGCUCGUGCUAGAGUCGAAGGUCACGGCGUUGAACGAGGAGAUCGUGAAGACUCUCGGUCUUCAAGAUACGGUGGACCAGCUGAGGGCUCAGGUCGCGGAUCUCGGGGAGAAGGCUCACCAAGAUGCUGAAGCUGCUACUGCUGAGGCAGAGCGGCUUCGACGGUCGCGUCAGGAGUGGGCUGAGAUUGCUGCUACCCAAGUCUACAACUCCGUGAACGUGGGGGAUGCAGUCGAGGCGGCUGUAGGGAGGAAGCAAGUUGACGAAGCUCUCCUCAGUUUCGUGAAGAAGAUCCAGGGAGUUGAUCUUGACUUCGAUGCGGUGGAGGAGAAACUUGAGGCCAAGUUGACGGAAAGUUUCGCGGAAGGAGACUCGAUUGAUGAGGUGGUCGUUGGUGAAGAUGAUUUCAUGAAGCCUCACAGCCUUUCCAUGUCGGAGGUGAUGCUGCCGAAAUCUCCGUCUCGGCAAGACGAUACGGGAACAUCUACUUUUGGGGCCAAUCCUAUUUAG